AAAGAUACGUUUGAUUCUAAAUUGUCAAUUGUCAAUUCUAUAGUUCUAGGUUAAUGUUAGCGAACAUGUCACAGUUUUGAAGCAAUUUCUGAUUGGUUAUCCACUGCGCAUUCAGAGAACGUUAUAGGUUGAUUUUUUAGAAUCGUGGAAGAAUGAGUGGGAGACCGAGCCCACUUCCUCCUCUCGGAAACCGGUGGUGCCGUCUAUCGUUCUCUGUUACUCCGUUUCUCAGCCGCGACGUCACUUCCCAGUUAAACGUGGCUGACUCGCAGCAAGGAGUGGCAUCCAAGCGAGCGUCGCGAGCUGUCAAGCUGUCAGCCCUGAAGAGCCCGAGAGAGAGACUAGCGGAGACUUUUGUCAGCCGGCGCAGCUGAUUACUUAAAUGACUCGUCGUGGCAGCCAUUGAGUGCGUUAUCGAGUAUCCGUUGGCAUCGAAACCGCCGGUUUUAGGCCUGCCGAGAAUCCGUUCAGGCGCGACGAAAGAAAAACAUGUCGUCCUCGGGCGAUUUCGGUAACCCGUUGCGGAAGUUCAAGCGCUUUCUGGGUGAGCAGAGCGUCGGGAAGACAUCACUUAUUACUCGGUUUAUGUAUGACAGCUUUGACAACACGUACCAGGCUACGAUAGGUAUAGAUUUUUUAAGCAAAACUAUGUAUCUUGAGGAUAGAACUGUGAGACUACAGCUGUGGGAUACAGCGGGGCAGGAGCGGUUCCGUUCUUUGAUACCUAGUUACAUCAGAGAUUCUACCGUAGCAGUCGUUGUUUACGAUAUUACCAACGCCAAUUCGUUUCAUCAAACAUCCAAGUGGAUAGACGAUGUGCGGACUGAAAGAGGAAGUGAUGUGAUAAUUAUGCUAGUGGGCAAUAAAACAGAUUUGAGUGAUAAGAGACAAGUUUCGACGGAAGAAGGCGAGCGAAAAGCGAAAGAAUUAAAUGUGAUGUUCAUCGAAACUAGUGCUAAGGCCGGCUACAAUGUUAAACAGCUGUUUAGAAGAGUAGCGGCGGCUCUGCCGGGUAUGGACUCCACUGAAAACAAACCUCCUGAAGACAUGCAAGAGGUAGUGCUCAAGGACACGCCAAUCGAACUGAAAGCCUCGGAGAGCAGUUGUGCAUGCUAAGUCGUCAUCGGUCUAUACGAUAGCAGGGUAUCGAAUCGAAUCAAAUCGGAAGGAGUCUUAAUAAACUCUUGAAUAGGGCCUAAACCGGAUUAUCUUGGAAUGGUUUGAGAACUUUCAAGAGAUAUAAUCCGAUUUUCCGAUUUUCUAAAGAAAAUUCUAAGAGAAUUUUUUUCCAAGUCUUAAUUCUUUUACUAAGAAUUAUAAAUAACUAAUGAAAUAUUAAUAUUUUUGCAUAUAUUAUAAUUAUUAAUAUUACUAUAUAAUAUUAAUAUAUUAUUAUUUAUUCGAAAAUAUUAUAGGUUCUUUGAAAAUUCUCUUAGAAGUUUUUUUUAAGAAAUUUAAUAUUAUUUUAUAUAAUAUAUUAAUAACAUCAAUAUAAUUAAUUUAUUUUAAUUUAAUUUGUUUCGCUGCAAGACAAGAGAAUAGCAUGUAACUCUGUUUCUAUUCGAUGCCCUGAUUAGUAGACAAGACACUGAGCUAAGUUAAUUUAUAAGUUAAUGAUUUACGAUGUUAGGAUACCGAUUGCAUUCGGCCUGUGCUUUUCGCGGUGUCGGAAAACUCGUGAAAAGCUGUGUGCACUAAACCAGCAACGAUUUUUAUUAAGAUGAGAAAAAUAAUAGUUUCACAUAGUAGCUUAAGACUGCUUUUACACAAUGACGUGUUUCCAUAUAUUAGCCGAUUGUAGAAAAGGCUGUCAACUCUUUCGGUCAUGAUGCAACUAUUACAACCUUGGCGAAAAUUAUGGAGCGUUUUUAAAAAAUCGCGAGAAUUAGAUUAUCUGGCCUGCAAAUUCAAGCAGAUUAAAAAAUACAUUUAAAUAAUUUGCUUUUAUUGUUACACAUUUAAAAUUUAAAUUAAAAUGAUAAAUUUAAAUUUAGACUAUUUACAAUCUAAUUUGAGUUUUUAUUAAUCAAUUAAAAGUACUCCAUACUUUUAGCUGAUGCUGUACUUACUAUUAAAUUUAAAUUUUAUUUUUUUUUUAGUUUUAUUUGGAUCUUUUCUUUAUUUAAAUAUAAAACAACGCUAAAAGGGUUGACAAGGCCUUUAUUAAAAUAUCAAAGUUCACCUAAGCUUAUUUUGCUUGUUAAUAGUGGUUGUUUAAUAUUAUAUAUUUUUUUUUACAAGUACAAUUAAACAUUUAUCGAUAAUUAAUUGCUCAAAUUAACAUUAAACAGCUGAGAAGUGUGUCUUUAUGCAUUACAGUUUUCAAAAACGAGAUAUUAAUUGUCUUACACAUUUGCAAUAAAUAGAGAAGAUAAGAGUUGCAGUUGCAUUUACGAUUAGCAGCAAUUAAAAAAAUUUGGAGAUUAUAAAUUAUAAGAUAAACACGUUAGGUAAAUGCAGUCCUUGAGAUAAUUAAAUUAAAAUUUUUAGUAAGGAUAUAUCAAGUCCUAAUGACUAAUAAUAUAUAAAUCCUCGCUCUAUUUGAUACAAUACAAGAAUAUAUAUAUAUAUAUAGAACUGAAACUCAACAUUGAAAACUUAAUCUAUACUAAUUUAAAUACGGAUAUUAAUUGACGGUGAAACGUUAAUAAAAGACAAAAAAAUGAUAGGAAA